GUUAUUCUUAGUUCUCCUCGUUUCUUGCUCCUCCGACCUCUCUUUUCUCCCCUUACCAACUGAGUUUCCCCCAGCCAAGUCACUCCUUUAAUCCCCUCUUUGGUUGGCCCUUUUUCUGCUUGGCAUCUUUCUAUUUCUUUCUUCCUUCUGUCCAUCAUUUAUAAUCGCCUGCUGUGUUCCAUUUACCCCUACCGCUAGGUUUCAUCAACGUCGACUCUCAAGUCUCAACUUCCGCCUCCUGCGACACGGUCCGGCCUCCUUCAUUUCCGCAACUCAGUUUCACGAUUCUCUCCCCUGAGAUUGCUGUUCAUAUUUCGUUCUUUAUCGGCCUUUCGAUCUCAUGCUUCACGAAUUAUGUCGACUACGACGACCACGGCUCUGGCGUCCACUUUGCUGGUCGGUACCCUGCCCACGAUGACAAACGCCGUCGGGAUGAUUUCAGACAAAUCCUGUCCGACCUGUGGAUCUGACCGAUUUUCCGCGCAAGGCACACCAGCCGGUCAAGCACAAUCUCGCGUCAAGGAAUUAGAGGGGCAGCUUGAAUUUCUCAACGUCCAAGCGACACAGAUGGCCGAGAGGAUGGCCGAAUAUGAAGAAGAGAUACGUCGACUCCGCGCUCAAUCCACCACUCAGAGUUCACGAAAUGGCUCCUCCGUCUCGUCUACCUCGUCGAUUCAACUCAAUAGAAUAACCGAUUUAUCAAUGUCGCCUCCAUCGUUGCAGACCUCCCCAAAGUCACAGGGCCAACAUAGCGGGCGCUUAUCCACGCUGACCUCUCUCCUACCCUCCCGCCGACCUGGCGCCCCGAGCACGACCCAAGCCCAGCCAGUUAUCUCACCGCCACCGAUUCCCAGCUACGAGGAAACAUUAGCUUUACAGAAUGCGCUCAAUCGGGAACAGAGCUUGCGCAAAGCCGCGGAGACACAAUUGUCACAGGCGAGCACCGAACUGGAGGAACUCACAGCGCAACUAUUCAGUCAGGCGAAUGAGAUGGUCGCGCAGGAGCGCAAGGCAAGAGCAAGACUGGAGGAGCGGGUGGCAGUCCUGGAGCGCCGGGACGUCGAGAAGAGGACCCGUCUGGAACGACUGGAGAAAGCGAUGGAACGAGUUGAAAGGAUUCGAGCGAUGGUGGGCUAGCGAUGUGAUGGAUCCAGGCGCACGGAUUGUGGACACCCCGGACUAUACCCCUUUCUGUGCCUCUCUUAUACUGGUUCUCUGUCUGUGGUUUCAGUUGACUUCCCAGUCUUAUACCCCAUUACUCCUGUUGGUUUUCUUGGCGCUUGGUCACUUGGCUCAACUUUGCGAGUUUGACAUGCGAUAUGACCUGGUGGAUGAAUGGGUCACCCUGAUUAAUGAGUGAUGAUUUUGCAUCGUGUUACGGCGAUGGGCGUUCUAUCUGACACACUGGUACUUCUUGCAUAAGUUGUAGAAGGCGAUUGCAUUAAUGUCUAUAUAUAUUCCUUAUUGGCUUCCUCUACGGUUAACGCGUAAUCAUUAUUUAUCCCUGUUGUG